CGAGUGCACACACACACACACACACACACACACACACACACACACACACACACAUACCGCGCUGCACAACGCAAAACAGUAAACAUGUAGUCGUCUCGACAGGUACGAUCGAUGGUUAACCGCAGACGCUGCGUGGCAGGGAGCGACUGAAAUAAAAAGGGAACCUUACGUGCUUUUGUAGGAGAACCUCAGGCGAGCUCACAUCUGGCUCCAGAGGACCGGGACCAGGACCCGAACCGGAAUCGGGACGCCGCAUCCUCUGCAGAGGGAUAACGUCGUUGAGCCGCCCUUCUGGUUCCACGUCGCAGGCACGCGGAGCUGAGAUGUAGCCGCUGUGCUCCGGAACAGGGACCCGCGGUGGAGCAGGUCAUGGAUCCGAGCCUUCCUUAUUUGACCCUCCUCAUCCUCAUUGGCUGCACCGAGUGCUUUCCUGAUGACCGCCAGCAGAACGGCACCGGCCGCUAUGACUACUGCGUGCUCGGUGCCGGGCCCUCGGGACUGCAGAUGGGAUAUUUCCUCUCCCGGGCAAAAAGGGACUACGUCAUCUUAGAGAGAAACUCUGGGCCGGGCAGCUUCUUCAACAAGUACCCCAGGCACAGGAAGCUCAUCAGUAUCAACAAGAUCUACACAGGGAGCCAGAACCGAGAGUUCAACAUGCGCCACGACUGGAACUCGCUGCUGAGCGACAGACCCAACCUCCUGUUGAAGAGGGUGAGCAGAGAUUUCUUCCCGCCGGCGGACGCCUUCCCGGUCUAUCUGUCCAUGUUCGAGAAGGAGCUGGGGCUGAGGGUCCGGUACGGCGUGGACAUCGGAAGAAUCGGGGCAGUGCGGUCCCCCGAGGGCAGAAGAUACAUCCUGACCGAUCAACAUGAGUUGGACUACACAUGCAGCGUCCUCCUGGUGGCCUCAGGUCUGUGGGUUCCUCAGAGGGUUGAGUUUGUCGGCUCCGACCUGGUCGAGGGCUACGAGUCCAUCUCCACCGAUCCCGAGGACUACAAGGACCAGGCCGUACUGAUUCUGGGCAAGGGGAACUCGGCUUUCGAAACGGCCCAGAGCAUCUCGGGAAGAGCCAAGUUGGUGCACAUGCUCAGUUCCAACCCCGUUCGACUGGCCUGGCAGACACAUUACGUUGGAGAUCUCAGAGCUGUGAACAAUGAUCUUCUCGACACAUAUCAGCUGAAGUCCUUGGAUGGGUUGGCGGAGAUCCCUCUGGAUAAAAUAGCCAUCACUCAACUGAAGGAGCAAGGCUGGAGCAGAUCGGGCGCAAAGAAGAAAGUGAACAAGCCAAAGUUCUGUGUGACUUUAAAAAAGUACCUGCAACACCAGGAGGAGAAGAACGGCUCCGAUGCGAGAAGAGCGGAAACCCUCGAGUAUCAACUGGACAACUUCUCUAUGCGCAAGCCGUACGACCGGGUGAUAUCGUGCCUCGGAUUCCGAUUCAACUUCAGUAUAUUCCAAAGCUCGGCCCGCCCGCUGAACAGCGACAACGCCAAAGGCCGCUUGCCGAGGCUGACGGCCUGGUAUGAAGGGGACAACACCCCCGGUCUGUUUGUGCUGGGAACCGCCGCUCACUCCAGAGACUACCGCUCAUCCGCCGGCGGCUUCGUCCACGGGUUCCGUUACACAGUGCGGUCUGUACAUCGCGUGCUUGAACAGCGUUACCACGGUAACCCGUGGCAAUCAACAGAACUAUCGACAACGCAGCUGCAGUCGUGGAUUCUGAAGCGGAUCAACGAGGCCUCUGGGCCGUACCAAAUGUUUGAGGUUCUCGGAGAUGUUAUCCUUCUACGCGGCUCUCGCUGUGAAUACGUGGAAGAGUUCACACUUCAGGCCUUGCCUCGGUUCUCCUCUCUCUCGGGCCACGAGGUCUCCAAGCACGGACUGAUAGUUCUGGUCAUGCAGUACGGGAAGAAUAAAGUUGACUACUUGGGGCGGGGCAGAGCUGACACCGAAUGGACCACAGCUUGGAAAUCAAACUUUCUGCAUCCGGUUUUAUACUACUAUGACAAGCUUCCCACUGAUGAGGAAAUGAAGCUCCGUCCCCCCGGCUGGCCUUUACCGAGGCCCAAGGCAAUCCACCACAUGGUCGAGGACUUCCUCACAGAAUGGGGGACGCCCAUAUCGCAUAUUCAGCCGCUGCGGCGCUUCCUCGAGCACUGUGUCCAGACUGACCUCAGGGCCUUCUAUGCAGAAUCAUGCUUCCGCUUGUCCCUCGCCCACCGCAAGCCGCCGCUGUUUUGUCAGCAGGGCUACUUAAAGCGGCAGGGUGUCGCUCGCGACAGUCGGCUGUGGCAGCGUGAUCAGGACGGGGGCCCGAUGCCCACUGUGCGGGAUGAAGGCACAUCGGGGGCGGAUCCCGCGUUCCCUGCCCACCUGGCACAGGCUGGAGCCUCCAUUUCUGCAGGACUGAAACUUGACUUCUGAUUGUGUUGAAGGCAGUGGUUACAUGAGAAAAAUAAGUGUUCUAGAUCUUAAGCAAUGGAACCAAAAAUGUUGCUACUGCAAGUUGUUGUGAUGAGCAAUGAGUGUGUGUUACAUUUCUCUAGCACCUGGAAUGUUUCCCCCCACGAGAACAAAUAUCUUGAUACCAUGAUCAGUGGUUCCCAAAGGUGUUGGGCCUGUGACCCCUUAAAAUGAGGCAAUCUAUAAACCCUUGUCAUUUGUAAAUCUGGAUUGACAAAUUCAACCAAAGAGUCAAUGUUUUUUUGUUUUAUUUUGAUGUUUAAGUGUCUGAAGAAGUGCCAUUAAGAAAUUCACUGUUACAGUAAAGUGUAACUGAAUAUUUCCUUAUUUUGUAAUAAUCUCACAGUUCCUCCCACAUCGUCACGGGACCUAUUGGGGACCCAACCCUCAGGUUGGGAACUGCGCAUCACUGGAAAGGGACCUUUUCCCUUGAAUGUUCCCUUAUUUUUUAUUUCUAACCGGACUCUACUGUAUAUAAUAUUAUGACAUUUUCAUAUCAUGUACAUGUUAUUUAAGCCAUAUAGGGGAAGGGUGAGUUUGUGUGUAUUAUUGAUUUUACAUGGUAUUACCCGAUGAAACGUAUAUUAAAGAAGGAUUCCAAAUAUG